AUCUACAAUCUAUGAUUCUAUAGUUGCCUUAUCUUUUGGCCCUAUAGCUUCUUUGCUUUUUGUAAUUUUCAAAUAUUUCUUUUUCUUUGAAGAAAGAUAGUCUUGUCAGCCACCAUAGAAUCGGAGCUGUCGCCGGUUCCGGCUAAGCAACUCUCUCCCUUUCUUUCACACAUCAUGUUGUACUCCUUCUGAUUUACUCUCUUUAAAUUUGCUUCUCUAACAUGCUCAAAUCUUGGUGCAACUUCACUUCAAGGCCUCCUUGACCAAACACUAGCUGCCUGCUAAGAGGAACAAAGUCAUGGUUUGUGUUCCAUUUUAAAUAUCCCAAAAUAGGAACAAAGUCAUGGUUGUGAGCUUUGGCUAUCAACUACUAGUUGUCUCAAUCAUCUAGGGCUUUUGGGUCUUCCUCUACCGAACUAUUUCUCCAAAAUUCUUGCCUUUUAGGGUUUUAGGAUUGUUUUCUUUUGUUCACAAAGGAUUUCAGUGGUUUUUUCUCAUCUGGGUCUUGUUGAGUAUAUCUAAUGGAGGACUACAAUAAUCAACUUAAUGAGAAUUCAGCUCCGAGGGGAAAUUUCUUGUAUGCUUCACCGGUUCUUGCAGCUAAUUCUUCUGGUUAUGGAAGAACAAGCAGUGGCUCAAACGUGGGUACCCAGAUGCACAUCAACACCUUUCCUUUACAAUCAGGUGGAGAUUGUACUUUUCAAUCAGAAACACACCCAAUUGUGAAGACUGAAGCUAGCACUUCCCAACAUGUUCAGAAAUUUCAUUACCCUUUGAUGAGAGGACACCAAGUUCAACAUCAACAACAACAACAACAGCAACAACAACAACAACAAGGGAAUGAGAAUUCUAGUGAAGUUGAAGCUAUCAAAGCCAAGAUCAUUGCCCACCCUCAAUACUCGAACCUUUUGGAAGCUUACAUGGAUUGCCAAAAGGUGGGAGCUCCACCUGAAGUGGUGGCUAGGCUCUCAGCUGCUCGCCAAGAAUUUGAGGCAAGGCAACGAUCUUCAGGGAGCGCUAGAGAGACUUCAAAGGACCCAGAACUCGAUCAGUUCAUGGAAGCCUAUUAUGACAUGCUGGUGAAAUAUCGUGAGGAACUAACUAGGCCUAUACAAGAAGCAAUGGAUUUCAUGCGUAGGAUUGAAUCUCAGCUCAACAUGCUUGGCAAUGGUCCCGUUCGGGUCUUCUCCUCUGAUGAGAAGUGUGAAGGCGUUGGUUCAUCUGAGGAGGAUCAAGACAACAGUGCCGGAGAAACAGAACUGCCUGAGAUUGAUCCACGUGCUGAAGACCGAGAACUGAAGAACCACCUACUGAGGAAGUAUAGCGGUUACUUAAGCAGCCUUAAGCAAGAGCUUUCAAAGAAAAAGAAGAAAGGUAAACUACCCAAAGAUGCAAGGCAGAAGCUACUUAGUUGGUGGGAGUUGCACUACAAAUGGCCCUAUCCUUCGGAGACAGAAAAGGUGGCACUGGCUGAAUCAACUGGUUUAGACCAAAAACAAAUAAAUAAUUGGUUCAUAAACCAAAGAAAACGUCACUGGAAACCUUCUGAAGAUAUGCAAUUUAUGGUGAUGGAUGGACUACAUCCACAGAAUGCAACUCUCUACAUGGAUGGUCACUACAUGGCUGAUGGUCAUUACCGUUUGGGACCAUGAGCAACAACUCAUUUGCAUGCAUGGUCGUUGUUACUUGAAGUUGUACUAGUUUUAUAUGUCAGGCAUAGCCUAAAGUUGUUUAAGUAGUAAUGCUGUGUGAAUUCAGUCAUAAGUAUAAUUUAGUGAAAGCUAGUCCGUACCAGAGUUGGGAUUAGUCCUGCAAACUGAUCGGAUUUUUUUUACAAGAAAUGUCAUCAGUAUAAUUUAGUGAAAGCUAGUCCGUAUCUGGUGGUGAUCAUUCAGGAUGAACUGUCCUUGUGCCAUUUACAUCAAUUUGGGAUGUUUUGAUUUGUUUCCUGUCUUUAGAAGAUGCAGAGCUCCUAGUGUGUAACUUUGCUGUGUGCUUUAAAUAUGUAAGGAGGUACUAUUAGGAUAUUUUUAUUUUUGAGAAUAUGUACUUUAAUUCAACUCUUAUGCAAAUCUGUAAGGGCAACUACUUGCUGGUAAGUGUAUAUAGUGAGAAGAAACUAAUAUGUGAACUCAAUUAAUGAGGGUGUAAUAUUAUUAUUUAUUAGUCUUUCCACUUUU